AUGAAAAAGCAAGAGGAGAAUGGCAAGAGAGGUAAAGAGCAGACUAAACAACAGCCGAAAGAGGAGAAAGGUAAGAAAACGGUGAAUGGGAAAAGUCCGAAUGGUAGAUCAUCCCCUCAGAAGGAGAAAAGCAUGACAGUUGAUGGCGGUACGAAUAAAGCUAUCAAAUCUAAACCUGGAUCAAAAAUACCCCCAACCAAAGGAGGGAGGGCAGACACACCUACACCUAUAACAAAGCCUGUAAAAAAAAGAGGUGUCAUAGGGAGUGAAACAGAGGAGACUGAGGAAUCUGAGAGCGAAGGAGAGAGUUCAGUGGAGGAGAGCGAAGAGGAGGAGCUAGUUUGUAUUGAGGAGACAACUGAGACAGAAGGGCUCGAGACAGAGGUGACACAGGAUAGCAGCGAAGAGGAGGUUGAGGUGUCAGACACGGAGAGAAGCACAGAGGGGCAGGUUAAGGAAGAAUCAGAAAAGGAACCUCCAGUAGAGGAGGAAUCAGAAAAAGAACUUCCAGUGCAAAUCAGGAAACGAGGGGAACUUGAAGAGGAGCCAGUCAGUACCAGUGAGGAAGAGGAGGAAGAGGAAGAAUCAGUGGCAGUGACCAGCGAUGGGGGUGAAUCUGAGAAGGUAACUUCAAGGAAAAGAGGGUCGCCCAAGAAAGCCACCGCUGUACCACCACUCAGUUUGACGACCAGCGUCACUGCACCGGCAGGGUGUCUGAAAUCCAAGAUGUUCAUGAAGAAAAAAGGCCAGGCUGAAGAGAAGGUUGACAAACCUAAGAAGGCCCAGAAACCCACGAAAGCAGAGAAGAAGAAAGCUGAGAAAGCAAAGAAAGCUGAGAAAAAGAAAGCAGAAAAAGCUGAGAAAAAGAAAGGGAAAGGGAAACAGAAAGCUACUCCAGCAGAGGAAGAAGCCCAGCCUCUGAAAGAUGUCUCCCUCAGCAAGGCUGACGCUGCAAAACACAAGGCCCAGAUCCUGAAGCUAGCCAAACAAACAAAAACCUCCAUCAAAGACAAGAAUGCUUCGUCUUCCCCAUUGGAGUUGCAGGAGGAUGAGGCUGCCUCAACUUCAUCCAAAGCCCCUAAAGGCCUAUCACGGGUGAUGCUAUUGAAAUCAAAAGGAAAUGACCGCCAAGCCUGUCUGGGUGAAGUAGAACAGGAAGAAGUGAAAGAGGAGCAACAAGAUGGUGAAGGAGAAGCCAAACAGGGGAGCAGGAAAAACAUUGGCCUGGUCCUGGGCAGAGUCAAGAUGGCAUCCGUUCGACAAAGGAGCAAUAAAAUGCUGGUCAGGCCUGGAGAGGAAGCAACUACAGCCGGGUCGACAGAUCCAGUCUCAGCCAAACCCACGGACAGCCUCGUCACUCGUAGGAAAGGUGUGACGACUCUACGCCACGUCUCGGGUUGGAUCAGGGGGAAGAUGCCCAAAGGGUUCAACCUGAGGAGUAAACUGAAAGUAGUGACCCAGGCCAUUGGCUUCUCACGUUGGCUCCCUCUCCAAGCCAUCAAACAGAGGGAGGGAGCCACUAGCUCCAAACACAGCCUGCUUAAACAUCGGAUGGCCAUGCGUGUGGCUAGUAAGACCAGCCUGGCCAGCAAGAAGAACCGAACCUCUGGAAACGGAGCCGAAGAUAAGUCUGCUGUCACCCAGAAGAGGCAAGCUGGGGAGUCUGGUGACGACCCCCACUCCACCUCCCCUCCAGCAGCCAUCGUGCUUCCCAGGAUGAACAAGCUGGGCAUGGGAAAGGCCAUAGGAAUUCUACCAGCCCAGCCAUCCCAGACUGCUCAGCCAGCCUCCUCCACCACCCCAGGCUCCAGCACUGCUGUGGGAGCCACCCUCGAAGCACCCAAGCCCCCCAAACCAGGAGCCAGACUGGUACUCCCAGUCAAACCGGACCUCACCCUCCUCAAGUCCAUAAAGAAGCCUGUUCCUGGAGCAGCACCAGAGCCAAAGAGGACUGAAAGUACAAAUGGGAGCACAGGAGCACAGAGACCCACACCGGACACCAGCAACGAGGACAGGAAAAGGGAGGCGGCACUUAAAGGCAAUGAGGGUUUCAGCAUCCUCCAGGCAGCCAGGGGCAAACUGGGCAACGAUCAAUUCAAAUUGACCAAGCUAUCCAAGCCUCUUACUACUGCUGCAAUAGAAGUAGGACCCAGCCGUGGAGCUAUAGUCCCAGACAGGGAGACAGGGGCUGGGUUUGCCGGACCCCCCACUGAUGGUCCUGAGUCUGGAGAACCUGUCAGACUGACUGGAGAACCAUCCAGAGUUGGGUCUAGGGUGGGGUCGUACUAUGAAGAAGAGGCUGAUCGAGAGGUGGCCCAGCUGAUGGGAGGGGGGGGGCUGUACCCUGUCGGGCCUCUGGAGGUGCACUGGGCUGGGACGACUCGUAUGAGCGGAGACCCCCAGGACUGGCUGCGAGCGGAUACCCUCCUGCCCCACCAGACAGUGGAGAAGCUGACCAAGUGGACGGUGUACGAGGAUGGGAACCAGACCAGGACUGUACCGACCCACAACGGGAGAGGACCCUGGGAGUCUGAGGACCCUGCUCAGGACAUGCUGGAGAGUCGCCUCAAUAACACAACGGUCGCGAUGCCAGGGUCUGACCAGGCUGUGGAGGUGGACGAGGUGGAGGAUCUAUCCCAGCUUGAGGAGGUGUGUGAGAGCUCUGUGCUGCUGAAUCUGAAGAAGAGGUUUCACCGGGACUCCAUCUACACGUACAUAGGUAACAUGCUGCUGUCACUUAACCCCUUCAAGCCCCUUGACCUCUACACAGAGGACCUCCGACAGCAGUACCAGGGCAAGGAGCAGAAACGCAACCCUCCCCAUGUCUAUGCCUUCGCUGAUGCAGCCUUCAGCCAAUCUCAGAGCUCACCACAAGAGCAGUGCAUCGUCAUAAGUGGUCAGAGUGGAUCAGGUAAGACCGAGGCCACCAAGCUUAUAGUCCACUACCUCAGCUCCAUGUACCAAGGCAGGAACAACAACCUCAGACAGCCCAUGGAGGUGCUGCCGAUUCUAGAGAGUUUUGGUAAUGCCAAGACCAUCCUCAACAACAACUCUAGUCGCUUUGGCAAAUACCUUCACGUCCACGUUCUCCAGGGUGUGGUGGUGGGGACUUCGCUGUCAAAGUACCUUCUUGAGAAGUCACGCGUUGUCUUCCAGGCCAAUGAGGAGAGGAACUACCAUGUGUUCUAUGAGCUGCUGGCAGGGAUGAACGACUGGGACAAACAGGAGCUCUAUCUGCAGGGAGCAGAGACAUACUACUACCUCAACCAAGGCGGGUCCUGUGAGCUGAAGGGGAAGCUGGACAAACAGGACUUCCUGUUGUUGGCCCAGUGCUUUGAGACGAUUGGUCUACACGCCGACCAGAUCUCCACAGUCUGGGCCAUCCUCUCCUCCAUACUACAGCUGGGGAAUAUCUGCUUCAGUUCCUAUGAGGUGUGUGUGAGAGAGUGGAGUGAGUCGUUUGAGGUGGCCCGUAUCUUCAGUGAGGCAGAGGCCAGGAGAGUAGGUUCUCUCUUGCAGGUGUCUUCAGAGGCCCUACAGACUGUCAUCACACACAAAGUCACGGAGACAACCUAUGACAGGAUCUACUGCCCCCUGUCUGUGGAAAGUGCCAUAGAAUCCAGAGAUGCCAUAGCCAAGGCCCUGUACUCUGUGUUGUUCGAUUGGCUGUUGGAGCAGAUCAAUGAUUGGCUGAGCCCUACAGAAAUGGACAGCACCGUGGGGAUAGUAGACAUCUACGGCUUCGAGGACCUGGGAGUGAAUAGCUUUGAACAGCUGUGUAUUAACUUUGCCAACGAGCAGCUGCAGCACUUUGUCAACAAGGCCGUGGUGACCCAGGAACAGGAAGAGUACAGUACAGAGCAGAUCCAGUGGUACCCUGUCCCACUGCAGGACUUCCACUCCUGUCUGGACCUCAUCUCCUCCAGACCACAUGGUAUCCUCCGUAUACUGGAUGACCAGACCUGCCUACCCCAGGCCACCGACCACACCUUCCUCCAAAAGUGCCACUAUCACCAUGGGAACAGCCCACACUACACUAAGCCCAAGAUCCCUCUGCCUGUCUUCACUGUGUAUCACUACGCCGGAGCUGUCACGUACCAGGUCCAUAACUUUCUGAAUAAGAACCAUGAUCAGUUCCGUACAGAGGUGGUUGAGCUGCUUAAGGGGAAUCAAUCCAUCACUCACUCAAUCACCCAUUCAAUCAAUCAAUCGGUCUCUGUAUCUCAGAUGGUGUCAGGGCUGUUCCGUAAGGUGCAGGAUAAUUACCUGCAGCAGAGAGAGUUGGGCUGGAGGGGUAAAGGUCACAGGCAACAGCCCUCCACGGUGGCAGCACACUUCCAACAGUCCCUGACUGAGCUCACCACACGACUAGAGAGGUGUAAAACCACCUUUAUUCGAUGUUUCAAGCCAAAUUAUGUCAAGCUUCCCGGUAUCUUUGAUGUGGACUAUGUGUCAACCCAGCUGAGGCAUGCUGGGAUACUUGAGACCAUCACCAUCAGGAAGGAGGGAUUCCCCAUCCGCAUCCCCUUCUCCUUCUUUAUGGAGAGGUAUGGAAUCCUCCUGGUGGAGCGACCAGCCACCAUGUCUGAUAAGGAGCAGACCGUGGCGUUGCUGAACUUUGUAGGGGCUGAUGAGGGACAGUACCAGCUAGGACUCACUAAGGUGUUUCUGAAGGAGGUGCUGUACCAGCGUGUGGAGGACAAGUGGAACAGCACUCAGACCUGGGCUGCGGUUACCAUCCAGAGGAACAUCAGAGGGUUCAUCUGCAGGCGCAACUUUAGGUUCUUCAAACAGAAGGCCAUUGUCAUCCAGAGCCACAUACGAGGACAUCAGGCCAGGCAGUAUUACAAGCGUCUGAGACUGUCCUUCACUCAGUUCUGGGCUGCAAUGAUGAUCACCAGGAACACAAUCAAGAGACGACAGUGGAGGGAACAAGAGAGGAACGAGAGGAGCACGGUGAAACCCACCACUGAGACUGAAGAUCACACCUCCACAGGAAUGGAUGUGGGAAUGUUGGAGAUCCCAGCUGAGCUGUCGGCCAGACUACGCAGCGCAGCAGGGCGGCAGCAUGGCUCUGGGGUAACAGAGGUGGCGCCUCCACAGGUGAAAGCAGGACACGCCCUCACCCUGCCCCUCGAUAUAGACAGCUACCCCUUCUCACGAUACGCCAACACUACGCUGAAGGAUGGCUGGUGUCAGCCGCAGGGCUACUCCCUCCAGCGACCUCUGACCUAUCUGGAGCCUGAAGACGCUUGCAUCGCUCUGGAGAUCUACAAACUGAUCCUGCGCUUUGCAGGGGACAGUGAUCUGAGUGGCUGGCAGGAGCAGAUGUUGGGGAACUACAUUGUGGAGCAGGGCCUUACCAGACCCCCCCUGAGAGAUGAGAUCCUAGCCCAGAUAGCUUACACCACCUGGGGCAGGGAGUCAGAGGAGGGGUCCCUACGGGGCUGGUUGUUACUAGCCUGCUGCCUCAGUGCCUUCACCCCUUCCCCAGCCCUUGACAAAUCCUUGCUCAAGUAUGUGUCUGACAAGGGUCCAGGUGAAUAUCGUUCUCUGUGCCAGCACAAACUCCUCACCUCCCACCACCUACCCUCCCCCACAUCCCGCCUCCACCCCCCCUCCCAGCUUGAGUGGACAGCCAAUCAGAGGAGAGGAAAGAUGGUUCUGGACGUACACACCUUCAACGAGGAGAAGAUUACAGCUGAGGUAGAGUCCUGGACCACAGGAGAGCAGCUGGCCUCGUGGCUGCUCCACUUCAGAGGGUUAGGUGAGGCUCCUCGGGGCUGGUCUGUGUCUCUGCUGGCUGAUGAGGGCUGGUCUGACCUGCCUGGAUGUGACUUUGUCAUGGACCUGUUGGCUGGAGGAGAGACUGAUACUACACUGGGGACCGCACACACACCCACUGACUACCUGUUCAACAACGAGGGAAACCGGAUGAUAACAGAUCUAGAUGGGUUCAUCCCCCCGGCCCCCUCCAUGCAGGCCCCUGGUCUCCCCCAGCAGGAGGCUCACUGGGACGGCGGAGACUACCAGCCGUCAGAGGGUUCUCGUGGUCGUCAGAUGGAUGCUUAUCUGGAUGACCUCUUUGACCCAGUGCUGGACCAGGGACCAGGGGAUAGGGAGCGUAUGGCCAUUUUGAACAGAAGGAUGAGAGGAGGAGGAGGGAUGUAUGGAGCAGGUGUCCCAAUGACAAUGCCAGGUUAUUCUAUGGGAAUGCCGAUGAACCCUGCCAUGCAAGGCUACGGGGCUCAGAUGAUGCCAAGUAUGAUGCCAUCUGCCCCCAUGCCUAUGAUGCCAACCAUGAUGAUGCCCCAGCCAGCUGCACCAGCCGUGGACUCCCAGCAGAUGGCAGCACAGCAGCAGGCUUUCAUCAACCAACAGGCCUUGCUCAUGGCCCAGCAGAUGACAAUGCAAGCCAUGACCAUGUCCCAGCAGCAGGCUCAGGAGCAGCAGCAGAGACAGCAGCAGCAGAGACAGCAGCAGCAAAGACAGCAGCAGCAAAGACAGGAGCAGAGACAGGAGCAGAGACAGGAGCAGAGACGCCAGGCUAACCGAACCGCCACACCCCCCCGCGCCCCAUCACCCCCACCCCCACUCCACACAAAUCCCCCCACCCCACCACCGCUACGCACACCCAGCCAGAUGAAAACACAGCCACAGCACCAUAUACCUGAGCCGGAGAGGGAUGUGGACUUUGCCAGUCCAGACCAGCGUGAGUCUUUCAAGGUGAAGAGAGAGUUUUUCCAGAAGAUUGGUUCUCAGCCCAAGCCAGCAGCCAAACCGUUAAAGCCUCGCCCUGCUCCCAGCAGCCCCCCCAAACAGACCAGGCCCCGCACCCCCUCUCCACCCCCAGCCCCCAGGACUUUGCAACCUCCCCCCUCUCCUCCUGCCAGAGACCCAUACCCCCCCAGCCCCCCUGCCUCCCCGCCCCCGCCCACCACCAGCAUCCGUGACAUCAUCAAACAAUACCAGAACCGCCCCGCCAGUGACCCCAGACCCUUCGAGCCCGUCAGGGUUCCAGCCCGGUCGUUUGUAAAGAAGAAUGAUCCUAAAGAGGAGGCCUUGGCGAUCCUCAUGAAUAAAGGACCUGUACAACAGCAGAGAAAGUGGGCCCCUCCUCCCCCCAUCCAGAGGGAGCCCCCCCGUCAGAGACAGCCUGGCAAUCCAGCGUGGCAAUCCUCUCCUCCCUCCACCAGAGGGCCUCGCUCAAUCUCCAACAGCAUGAAGCAGAAACAGCGCUCCCUGGCCGACCUCUUUGGCACGCAGGGUCGUUCCAAGAACCUUCCGCCUGCUCCACCCAAGUCCACCCCUCCUUAUCCCCCAGCCAUCUUUGAAAGCUUGCCAGACCCUCCCGCCAAGGCUGCCCCCACACUCAAUCUGUCUGGGGAGGAGAGUGUUCGCUCCCAGCUCCACAGGUUCUCUGCCAGCGUCUACUUCUCCAACUCUGCCAUGCCUGGCAAACUGUUCCUACGCAAGGAGGUGUUUUACCCCAGAGAGGGGUUCAACCACCCCUACAUCCUCAACCUCCUUUGUGAGCAGAUCAUGAGAGACACGUACUCUGACACCUGUGUGAGGAUCACCAGAGAGGACCGGAGAAAAAUGAAAGACCUACUAGCCAGUUUCCACGUGGGCACCAGUAUCAGCUCGCUUCAGGACGACACUAUGAAGAAGAGGAUAGUGAUGGCUGCCAGGGACAACUGGGAAAACUACUUCACACGACUCUUUCCUGUCAAAGGUGGUACCAGCGGAGACACCCAGCUGUUGGGCGUGUCUCAUCGUGGGAUUCGACUGAUGAAGGUGGCCAGAGCAUCAGGCAUAAACCCCAAACACCUGCGCCUGCUACGGAGCUACAGCUAUGCAGAGCUGCUGUCGGUGGAACUGCGGUCUGCCGACAUCGUGGAAUUCAGUCUAAAGGGAGAGCAGCUACAGCUGCAGAGCAACAGGGCUCCACAGAUCACUGCCAUGGUCAGCCUGUUCCACCAAGAACUCAUCAAUGGCUCAGAUCAUGUGAUUGCCUUGAAGAGCUUUGUGACCGACGACAAGAGCCUGCUCAGCUUCCGCAAGGGUGACGUCAUCAAACUGCUGCCCAUUGACGGCCUCCAGCCAGGUUGGUGUUUUGGUUCCAUCGGGGGGCGCUCCGGCCUCUUCUCCAUCGACGUCACUCAGCCGUCUGCCCCUCCUGACUACCACCACGUCCACCUUGACCGCCUCGACGAGAGGAGGAAGAGCAUGAGAGCCCUCAAGCCGCCCGCUGCCACUAGACCCCCAGCUCCCAGGUCCACUCCCCACACUGGCUCAGCACAGCCCAGCCGAGGGAGCUCCAUGCUGGGGUCAGCUCGUUCCAUCCAAGUAUCUGUCCAGGGCAGUGAGAUGAGUGACGCCCAGACGUUCCGGAUGACAGCGUUUGCCAUGAAAUACUUCAGAGACACUGCCACCAGAAUGGAGGGUAAAGGUCUGCUUAAUGGAGGUAUAAACUUCUCAGAGGUGCUUCAGUACACAGAGGUUCCUAUUCAGGAAUCCCUCAUCCUGUACAAUGAUCCUGAGCUCAAUGGCCUGGCUGUCCAGGCCUUCCUGAGUGUGAUGCAGUUCAUGGGAGACCAGCCUCUUGGGAGGCACACGUCUGAGGGAGACUGUGUCAGCCAUAUCUUGAUGUUAGGGAAGGAGAAAGAGUUUCUGAGAGAUGAGAUUUACUGCCAGGUGAUCAAACAGAUCACAAACAACACACACAAAGAGAGAUGUACCCGGGGUUGGCGUCUGUUGAACCUGGUAGCAGGGUUCUUCCCAUGCUCUGGCACUCUGAACCCCUACAUCACAUGUCAUCUACAAAACAUCAGCCAAGACACCACACACCUCUACCAAGAGCUGUCUCAAAACUGUAAGGAGAGCAUGUUCGGGACUCUGAUCCACGGUGGUCGCAGACACGUCCCCUCUCACGCAGAGAUGGAAGCCAUACUGGCCGGCAGACAAUCUCGUCGGUUCCCCAUCAAGCUGCCAGGCGGAGUGGAGUUCAUCUGUAAGAUACGCAGCUUCAGCGUGGCUCUAGAGGUGGUGGAAGAGCUGUGUACAGAGAUGGGCAUCCAGGACCCGUCAGAAGUCAAGGAGUUUUCUAUCCAUGCCAUUCGGGACAAGGAUGGGAUGGUGCGGCCUCUCCACUCAGAUGAGUACCUGUUUGACUUCCUAUUGGACGACGGCUCCAUCGUCCUGUCCUUCCACCGCGUCAUAUGGACACACCGACUUCACUUCGACAACGACCUCUACCUGGAGUUCCACUUCCAACAGGUCCUGGGUGACUACCUGGAUGGCAAACUGAUCCUGCCAGGCAGUGGUGCCGCUGUCGUCCAGCAGACGGCAGAGCUGGCUGUCCUGCAGCACCUGGCACAGGGCCUCACUCAAGAGCCUUCUGUGCUAGAACUGAAGGGGUACCUCCCCCAACAGGAAGGGGGCAGCACCAACCUGGAGCAGAUCCACACCAUCUCCCUCAGAGAGAUAACCGCCAUGCGCUCCCUCAGCCCCCGCGACGCCAAGGCACGCUUCCUCGAGAGCCUGAGCUCCCUGCCUCUGUUCGGUUCUAAUAUCUUCCUGGCUCAGAAAGUCAGCCAUCGCAGCUGCCCCUCGCCCUGCCUGGUGGCUGUCAACCAAGAAGGAGUGCUGUUCUGCCAUCCCAAUAUGCAGGAGCGGGCAUUCAUGAUCCCAUUGGUGGAAGUGCAGUCACUGCGCUCAGUUAAACCCAAGAAAGACAAGAAGGUGCCUGGAGUGGAGAUCAACUACGGCAACCCAGGACUAAAAACCAUCACCAUCCACCUCAAACAGGCCAAGAAGCUGUGCCACAUCAUUGCUGUCAUCAUGGAGGAGCUGGUGAGACCACCCAUCAAUAGCUCUGUCUCCAGCCGCAACCCCUAGACACACACACACACCCGCACGCACACACACACACCUGCAGUUGGAUAGGAAAUGAGUUCUACAACUGUCAAUCAUUGAUUCAUAUACGCAAUGAAAGCGAAUCACUUUCCAUAUCUACCAUUCCUUCUCCUGUGUCAGUGAUACUCCAGUUGGUGAUUGAUUGAUGAAAAUGGUUGAGAAAUGAAUUCUAUCCACUACAGGUUUCAUUUUCUCAAUUUCCCAACAAACACGCACUCAGAGAGGGAGCCUAUUGAUAAGCGGACCUGCACUGAUAAAUAUCAAAACAAAUCAAUGCCUAAAACAUUUCAUUAUUUAAAAAAACAUCACAGCCUUUGAAUACCAAUGAAUGUCCAAAUUUGAAUAUUGCUUUGUACGUGUUAGGUUUCCGUGCAAUAUAUCUUUAUAUAACCGAUUUAUCAAUGUGUUUCUUUGUAGUAAAUAUUUUUGUAAUUUAAAUCAAAUUAUUUUGUAGAUGGAUGAAACUGUUCUUGUUUACUUUGUGUAUAACUAUUAAAAAGUAUUGCUGAAUAAGGCAUUGUUUCAAUUA